AUGGAGGUGUACAUACAAAUGAUAGGGUGUCACAAGCUGGCAGUGCCUCCAAGCCUGCGCCUAUUUGUGAACGGAGAAUUCACACUGUUUAACUGUGGAGAAAACAUGCAAAGAUUUUUGAACGAGCAUAAGUUACAUGUCGUUAAAACUAGGAAUAUAUUUUUUACGAAAAUUAACCCUGAAACGAUUGGAGGGUUAGUAGGUCUCCUCCUAACCAUAGACAACAUAGCAAAUAGUGACAUAUCGAUUUAUGGGCCCAAGCCGAUAGAACAGAUAGUUAACAGUUUCAAGUGCUCCUUUGCGAAACUGAAAAAUAUAAAAUUACAAGUACACGAAAUUUGCCAAAGUGUUCCUGUAGUUUUAAAGGGAAACGUUGUUAUAACCCCAAUAGUGCUACAAGAAAAAGGAGAAAGUGACAUGCCCAACCAGUGUGUAGAAACAAUGGAUCAUAUGGAAGGCAGAAUAGCUCCCGAAUCGGCUGAUACGCCUUGUGGGGAAACGAACCACUUGCGUGAAGGGGGCGCAGUAAAACAUGGCUCGUCUGGGGGAAGCCGUUUGGAUAAUUUUAAGAAGAGGAAGCUGCAGGGGGGGAGCGCCCAAAAUGGGGACAAUCACAAGGGUGGCCACGAAAAUGGCGAAGCAGAAAAGAAAACCCCCCAAAAUGGAGAACCCAGCCAGAAAGAAGACGAACAUGAAGGAGCAACCCAGAAAGAUACUCCAAAUGGGGAAUGCCCCCCUAGUGAAGAAAUUCCUAAGGGGAUUCAACCCGAUGGAGAGCUUCCUUACAAAGUGGUACUCCCCAGUACUGCAAAAAACGAACGGAAGGACAAAGAAACCAAACUAGAGAUUGGCCAAGUUAAGAAAAAGUUCAGCACCAUUUGCUACGCAAUUGAGUGUCCUCAAACAAUUGGAAAAUUCCACGUGGAAAAGGCAAAGAGCUUAAAUAUCCCACCAGGAAAAUACUACGGAAUGUUAAAAUCUGGAAAGUCUAUUACGUUAAAUAAUAAAGUAAUAAAACCUGAAGAUGUGUGCGACAAAAACAUAGACGGAAUGAAGGCCCUAGUCAUUGAUUUAGAGGAUGUUGCUGAUGUAAAAUUUUUGUUGGACGAACUUACCAAGAAGGAAAAUUUUUAUUUAAAAAAUUUGAAAUACAUUUUUCAUUUAUCUGGGGAAGAAAUUAUCAAUAUGGAUAAUUAUAAAAACUUUUUUUUAAGUUUAAAAAAUGUGAAAAAUGUUAAAUGUAAUCAAUCCAGUAGCUCUUUGAAAGUAUGCCCUUUUGUUUCCACCGCAUCAUUGAAUAACUUCCUUUCGAAAUUAUUGCCUACCAUUUUUUUGAAGUACAAGGCGGACACCCCCCUGUACGAUCUUGGCCACGCGUCAGCAGAUGAUGAUGAUGGGAGGGACGACGGAAAACUGGCCUCAACUGCGGAGGAGGGUGAACCCACAGGCCAAAUAGGGAAUUCCCCCCAAAUGGGUAGCGCCUCAGGUGGUACGGCGGCGGGGGAUUUAAACGAAGUGGAGAAAGAGACAGAAAAAGACGUGGAAAAAGACGUGGAAAAAGACGCGGAGAAAGACGCGGAGAAAGACGUGGAGAAAGACACAGAAAAGGACUCGGAGAAGGACACAGGAAAAGACGCGGCGAGCCAAACCGAGUGCGAACAAGGCGAUUCCUACCUUGUGCCCAAUCCCCUGUGCAAAUUUGUUCUGCACCCGUUUCACAAAGUUAGCAUAAGCACGGACGAAAUGUUACGCGAAUUAUAUCCAAAUAUUUUUAAUUCCGCGAAAACAUCCAACGUGUUAAAGAAUAAUGAAGAUUUAGUAAAACCAUUUGAGCAUUUUAACAAUAGAGCAACCCAGAGUUACUUAAAAUUUCCUUCCUUCUAUUUUCUCGGCACCGGUUGUUCAAUGCCCUCAACGUUUCGAAACGUUUCUGGCAUCAUUUUGAACGUCGAAGAAAAUUUCAGAAUUGUCUUAGACUUUGGAGAGGGCUCCCUCUACCAGCUGUACUGGAUGAGCCAGUCGUGGCUCCACUUUUCCAAGACCAUUAAGUCGAUCAAAGUAGUAUUCAUUUCGCACGCACACGCAGAUCACCACAUGGGGCUUUACUACCUACUGCAUAUGCGCAGACUCCUCUUUCCACACCUCGAUGACCCGCUGAUAUUGAUCCCGUCAACGCUAAAGAGUUGGAUGAAUUUAUUUAGUGAGCUUUUUUUUGACAAACCAGUGAACGUGUUGUAUAAUGAAGAAAAUUUGGAAGUAAAGGAGAAAGUCGGCGAUGACGACAGUUUUGUAUUUCUCCGUCCUUUUAAGGUUGCUCACGUCAAAGAGUCCUACGGCAUAAAAAUUGAACGCGAAAAUAUCGGCUCCGUGGUUUACUCAGCGGACACAAGACCAUGCGAUAAUGUCAGAAUGUUCUCCAAAAACUGUGACAUUUUGAUACACGAAGCCACCUUCGAUGACGAAUUGCUGAACGAAGCCAUUCAUAAAAAGCACUCCACAACGCAUGAGGCUAUGCAAAUUAGUCUAGAAGUCCAGUGUAAAACGUUAAUACUAACCCAUUUCAGCCAGAGGUACCCAAAGGCACCCAAAUUAAACAAGUCAUCUUCCUCCGAAAUUAACGAAAUUAUGAACAAAACAAUUUACAGCUUCGACUACAUGUGCAUUCCCUUAAAUUUAAUAAACGAAUUACCUCAUUAUUUCAGCAUUCUAUUAAAUUUAUUGGAAAAAAUAUUUUAA